AUGGAGACCGUUGGCAGCAGGAAGCUCUCCUCGGAAGGAAGCGAAGGCGACUACCACGAUGACGACGGCCUCAUUAAUGAAGGCGAGAAAGGAGAGGCGUGGUAUCGAGGCGACGAGAUAGCUUCACUUCGUCUUUCUCGACCGCGCGACAUACUUAUGCUAUGGGCGAUUCUCUUCUCGGUUCUGGUCAUGAGCAUUUCACAAGCAUGGUGGCUCGCGAGUGAUGCCAUAUAUUCGAACACAUCUCCUCAAACCUCUACUUGGCACGAGUCUUUCCAUGUGCUCAACCGAUCGGUGUAUCCCAAGGAGCAGUACGCAUUCACGGGAGCAGGCGCCGAGGUGACCGAACAUAUGUUCAACUCCUUUGAUCCCAAUAGGGGACUAGUUGCACUCCCGAAAGGCCCGAACAUACUGCCUUCGAAGGAGUUCCCUGGGACACGACAAGGGAGGUUUUCAUUCUAUCAAAAGAGCACCGAGCUGAUGCGCAGAAACAUGUUCUUGCAACGCAGUCAGCGCUAUGGUCUUCUCGAAGCCUCUCGACGUCCGUUGCCACGAAAGUCAUGGCAGCAGUCCAACGUGCUUGUAUAUCUUAUCCUUUUCUUCGGCGUUGUGAACGUCGUUGAAGCACUCCUGAUCUGGCUCGGCAGUGCCUGGUCAAAGCAAGCAAUAGGUUCGCAGGCUCAAAAGUCCAAUGUGUUGAUCGAGCUGACAAUAGCAGACAGCAGUGUUUUAGAACCAGUGUAUCGCGAAUCGAUCAACACUGUUCGAAGACCCCUAUACCCCGAGCGACUUUACGAUGCCUCUCUCACUGCUCGAGCUGUGGACGAGAUAGUGGACAGAUACGCGACAGACCAAAAGAUUAUAGCGCUGCCACGCGGUGAGAAGCUAUUACGAUCGAUACCAUUUCCCUGGGAUUCGACCAUGGAUGCGUUCGCCUUAGCCGGGUAUCAUAGCUUGCAUAGUAUCCAACUUCUUUAUCAUGCAAUGCUUCUAUAUGCCGGCGACAACAGAACCAUUAGUGACGCUUCGCUACACUCCCUGAUCGUUCUCUGGGAGGAUACUCUCUGCAACGUUGAUUUGACACCUCUAUCUUUCGCCGGAGACGUCGUAUCGAACGAGACUGCGAUUAAAGCAGCUGGGCAGAUGCGGGUACGUAGCACUCUAUCGUUCGUAUCAAAGAGCAGCUUGCUAAUCCAACGACAUGUAUGCCAAGACUGGACUCGAGUUGAGAGGUUUGCCACAGAGAACAACGCAUGUUUCAGAGGAUCUACUGCCUACCAAGGCCAUAUCGAUGAAUGGUCUGACAAAGACGACUGGUUGUAUUGUCCACAGGGUUCACCUUACCAAGGCAGAGUGAAUGAGUAUAUUGCGUAUGGUAAAUGA